AAACUCCCUCACUGGCUGGAAUUGUUUGUGAAUGUGAUUGUGAAUUUGUGGUUGACGACGUUAACCUACCCGAAACAUAAACACGUGGUUUGCAUUUUCUUGCUGUGUUAACGUAGUCAGUAAACUUAAUGUGUAUGUUGUGCGUAGUGCAAUAAGUUCAGUUAAUUUUAAUUGAAAGUUACCUCCACCAUGAAGGUUAAAACAGGUACUGUAAAUCUUUCCAAAAAGACAACUAUUUUACCAACCACAUCCAAAGUUAUAAAACCGAAAAAGUUUAAACCAAGUCAUGAAGUAUUCAAAGAUAAAAAGAGUGAACUGGGUAAAGAAAAACUCAAACUUGCUAUUAGCAAUAACUUAGACCUGGGUAGCCAAGUUAAACCAAAUAAAAAGCAAAAGUUUCAGUCUAGGGAUAUCAAAGCAUCCCCAAAAACACCUAAGAAAGAUCAGGUUAAAUUAAGGGAUCAUAAGAAGUCAUCAAAUCAGAGUGAACCUGUAUUUACACACAAUACUUUAAAAAAUAGUAACAACAUCAGUAACCUAAAGCAGACAUCAAAGAACAAAACGCAGUUAUCAUUACCAACAUCAAGUAACAGUGAGCUAAAGAAAAAGAAAAAAUUUUCAAAGCUAAACAAGAAAAUUAAGUUGUUAAAGAAAAGACAGUUAUUAAAAUUGGAUUCAUCUACAACCGACCAAAAAGAAUUGAGCAAACAAGAAAUAAAAUCAAAUAUAAAGAAAUCAGAAGAACUAAAGAAAAAAAACAGAUUGAACCCAACCAAGGUGUCAGGAGCUGUGGCUGGUGUAUUAAAACUGACAAGUUUGAAAUUGAAUCAAAAUGAUUCACUUUUGGAUCUUCCAGAACCGGUCUAUAUGGAAGUGGAGUGCAUCAAGAUACCAGACUGUCCAGUCAAACAAUUUAGAUUCCAGCUACCAAACCCGUUAGUAAACAACCUAUCAGAUGUGUUGUUGAUCACUGCAGAUUUGAAGGGCUCCAAAAACGACCCAGAGAAGGCUGUUGAACAUUACACUGACCUGCUUGAAAAGAACGGCAUCAACAAUAUCCAAAAGGUAAUCCCACUAAGGAUGCUGAAACAACAGUAUACCCAGUUUGAGGAGAAGAGGAAACUAGUAAACCAGUUCGAUAUGAUCCUAGCGGAGAACUGCAUCAUCAAAAUUGUACCAAAAGUGCUGGGGAAGUUCGUCAUGUUUAAGCACAAGAUGCCACUGCCUGUGAAACUGAAUACCAAGAAACUGAAGGAUCAAAUCAAUUUUGUGAUGAGCAAAACUCAAAUGCCAUUCAACAGCAAGGGGCACAUUUCAUCUGUACAGGUGGGCCACACAAAGAUGACAGACAGAGAAAUCACUGAGAACAUCCUGUCUGUGACACGGGAGUUAUCUAACUGUUAUCCUGGCAAGUGGAAGAAUAUUCGACGCCUUGUAAUCUACACACCUAAAAGUCCUCGGCUGCCUCUUUACAUUUCCUUGUUGUCCCCAAACCAGGUGGAAACACCUGAAGUCCAACACCAAACCCAGGAAACAGUGGAAGGUGAGCUCUCCACAAGGCUUGGAAGGAACAUUGUUGUGCACCCUGACGGAACGGUGAGGGUGGUAAAAGUGGACGAGGAAAAUAUGGUUGACGAUUCUGUGGAUGAAGAAAUACUCCAGGAGGCAAUGAAUUACCGUGAGUCUUCAAAGACAGUGCGGUAUGAGGAGAGUGAUACUGAAGAAGAGAAAGACAGAGACAGUGAUGAGGAGGCAGAGGCUGUGACAGCAGCAGUGGAAGAUGAGUUGUUAAACACAUACAAAGAUUCCAUGGCUACUCGUAACAAUGACAAUAAUGAUGAUGAUGAUGAGGAGGAGGAGGAGGAGGAGGAUGAUGAUGAAGAAGAAAGUGAUGAAGAUGAAAUCCCACUUCCCUUAAUUAAAAACACACAGCGGAAAGGUGUCAACAAAUCAAAGAAAACCUCACCAAGUAAAAAGCAAAAGGGAGAAGUUUUAAAAAUUGUAAAAAGUAAGAACCAAGCUGCAGCCACAGAUGGACACAAAGACAAGGGGAGCAUAAAGAGGCGUGGCACAAGAGGGGGGAAGAAAACUAAAAUGGGAAAGGAUCAGAGGAAAGCAAUGAUAAAGAGGAAAAAGGCAGAGAAAAAUAAAUGAAAUGGGAGAUUGGCCUUGAUGCUUUUAAUGUGAGUGGUUGGUUACAAGAAGUAUUACUGUAAGAUAUGUUUUUACUGUAAAACAAUAGAAAUAUGUCGUACAUAAAUACUCUUUUUCUUUGUGACUAAUCACUCACCGUUAAUAAAUGCAUCAAGGAGUAUUAACUUGUUUGUUAAUACUCCUUAACAAUACAUGUUAUUAUUUAUACUGUUUUGAUUCCUUUUUAUGUUGUAGACACUAACAUAAAAAAGAAUCAAAACCGUAAAUAAAUAAUUAUAUUAAAAACUUUUUAUUAAGUAUUUUAAAAACUGAAUUAUUCAAAUGUUGAAUAAAAAUUAGUUAUUUUGUUAAA